GUUAUCAAAUGAGGCUAAGCAAUCUUAGCCAUUUUCUCAUAAAAAAUUCCAACGGACAAAAUGGUCGUCUGUAGAUCCUUGUUCAUUUCUACUCUGGUCUAUGCAUUCCUGAUGACAUGCCACUCAAAAAUUCCUACCACAGGAUGCAGACCUCUGGACGUUGUUUUUCUGGUCGAUAGCAGUGGGAGUGAAACCAACGACUCGUUCAAUGCCCAGAUUGAAUUCAUGAAAGAAAUCGUCAACAGCUCUGCUUCUUACAAUAACAACACCAAGUUCGGUGCAGUUAGCUUUUCUAACGAUGCUAGACUGGAAUUCAAACUUAAUUCAUCAGAACAAGACAUAAUUAGAGCCAUAUCAAAUAUUUCGCACAUUGGUAAAUUUACUCACUUAGAGGAAGGAUUUAACUUCGUAAUUGAUGCAAUGUUCACAAAAAAUGGUGGUGAUCGCCCACAUGCUGAUAAUGUGCUUUUAGUAUUGACGGAUGGCAUAUUUCACCCUGAAAAUACAACGGAGCCAGUGGAGGAACUGCUCGGGAAAGGCGUUGAAAUCAUUCCCGUGCUUUUCACUGAUGAAGUAACAGAUAAAUUGGCCAGCAAUGCCAAUAGCAUUACACAUACAAACACUACUUAUACAAAAGACACAUUUGAUCCCAAGGAACUGUUCUGUAAAGGUGUCUCCAUGUUGCCAACAGCACCACCAAGAUCAACGAUUGCUUCGGCAACAACAGACCGAGGGUGCAGAGACAAUAUUUCAAUAUGCCCGAGCUAUGGUGCAGAUAUGUGCAUUCGAUUUAAAUCUUGGGCGAUGGUGCAGUGUCGCUGCUUCUGUAAAUUCGAUCAAGAUUCAGGGAGACUACCACUUACCAUUCCAACGUAUAGUACUAAAAUCUGGGUCACCAUCACGAAUAAACAUGGAUGAAGUCUA